GAUGCCUUUGAUGCUACUUAUCAUGUCCUCUUUAUCUGGUUGGUUAUCAUGAUCUCAGUGUGGAUUCUGUGUUUUUUCUUUCAGUCACUGAAGAGAAAAUGGAGGAGAUUCCCCAGGGGGAAAAUCCUAAACAGGUGGAAUUCCACAGGGCAACAUCAGGAGUAGUCCAAAGGAACAGUGCCAAAGUAGAAGAAGAGUCUGAAAACCAGCAGGGUCCAGAAACACAAAAGAACAAACACUCUGAAUUCAGAAAACAGAAGUCUUCUCCUUUCCCGGUGGGUUCCACGGAAGCCACAAAACAGCCAGUUCGGCAAAGAAAGCGGCUGUCAAAGAAACAUCAUCCGUGCCCUGACUGUGGGAAGGUGUUCACCAGAACUUCAGCCCUCAAUGCCCACCGGAGAGUCCACACAGGUGAGAAGCCAUACAAGUGUGCAGAGUGCGGGAAGAACUUCAGCAAGAGUUCACACCUCAUUGCUCAUCGGAGAAUCCACACAGGCGAAAGACCCUAUACCUGCUUGACUUGUGGGAAAAGCUUCAAUCACUCUUCCCAUGUUAUUACCCACCAGAGAACCCACACCAGGGAGAAACUCUAUAAGUGCCUGGAAUGUGGGAAAAACUUCCGUUACAGCUCUGAUCUCAUCAGGCACCAAAUCGAGCAUGCUGGAGAAAAACCCUACCAGUGCUCUGACUGUGGGAAAUGCUUCAAUCGGAGCUCUAACCUCCUUAUACACCAGAGAAUACACACAGGGGAGAAACCCUAUAAGUGCUUUGAGUGUGGGAGAAGCUUCAGCUAUAGCUCAGUCCUUAUAAGGCACCAAAGAGUGCACACAUCUGAGAAGCCUUAUAAGUGCUCUGACUGUGGGGAAGGUUUCCAUGUGAAUGCAAGCCUUCUGACACACCAGAGAAUACACACAGGAGAGAAACACUAUUCGUGCCCACAGUGUGGGAAAAGUUUCAGAUGGAUCUCUCAUCUUAAUAGGCAUCAGAAGAUUCACACAGCAGAGAAACCUGUGUAAAUACUGAGAAAGUUUCUAUGGGAGC